AUGUCAAUGGACAGCUUCGUCAUAAAAAAGCGACCAGCCGCAUCUGAUGAGUCAUCAGAAACCCCCAAAAAGAACAAGCCUUCCACCAGUACUAGUAGUGGAAUCACUUAUGCUAGUAAAUAUGCCGCUAGUGAAAAAACCGUUCGAAAGUGGAUGCUUGAAUUAAAUGUAGAUUUGGAGCUUGCGAUCGAUAAAGGCAUGUUUAUCACUGGUAAUAAAACUGUGAAGAGGGAGUCUGUGGUGUACCAUGUCAAGUCGGAAAUGCACACGAGAGCGUUGAGUGUUAAGGCUGCAUGUGACAAGCAAAAAAGGUGUCAACCUGGAGACCUAGAAAAAGGGUUUAAAAACAUAGAAAUUAAAAACUCUGAUACACUUAACAAACUUUUUAAAACUGCCUAUUAUGUUGCAGCUGAGGAGAGGCCAUUUUCUGAUUUCCCUAGUCUGUUGCAACUGCAGGAGAGCAAUGGGCUUUCACUGGGGGACACCUAUCACAAUGAUAAAAGUGCCAAAAAUUUUAUUGAAAAUAUUGGGGGUAUUUUCCAUGAUCAAGUAGUGUCAUUACUGGAUAAAGCAGAUUAUUUUAGCAUAUUUUGUGAUGGCUCUACAGACCGGUCUGACUCUGAAAAGGAGGUCAUAAUGAUCAAAGUCUUGGAAGACUUCUAUCCGAAACUAAAAUAUUUUAAACUCGAGGAGCCUGAGAAUACAAAGGCCAAUGGAAUUUUAGCAGCUAUUGAUCAUGCCUUUUUUGUGAAUGAUUUGCAAAACUAUAAACAAAAAACCGUAGGAUUCUGCUCAGAUGGGGCUAGUGUCAUGAUGGGGGCCAGAAGAGGAGUGAUUCAACUAAUGAGAGAAGAGGGGAAUGCAGAGUGGAUCUUGCCUGUGUGGUGUAUGGCCCAUAGACUUGAACUUGCUGUAAAAGACUGUUUCAAGUCAACAUAUAUGGAUAAUGUUAUCGAACUGCUGGAGAGUAUUUAUUAUUUUUAUAAGGGAUCUGCCAAAAGAUUCAAAGAAGCUAAAGAUAUAGCAGAUUUAUUAGGAGAACAUUUUCUGAAACCUGAAAAGGCCAAUGGAACACGAUGGGUCGAUCAUAAACUUAAAGCUGUUAGCAAGCUUCUUAAAAAUUGGCACAUUAUAAUUUCACAAAUGGAAAACUAUGCUGAAGAUAAUACAAAUAGGAGCCAAGACAGAGCAAAAGUUAAGGGUUAUUUGAAUAAAUUGCGACAACACAAAAUGGUUUUGUACAUUGCAUUUGUGAAAGAUGUUCUGAAUGAAGUAAGCAAGGUCAGUUUGUUGUUUCAAAGGGAGGAUAUUACUGUUUCCAGUGCUGUCACAAAACUCCAAAGUGUGUCAUCAGUGCUGAGAAAUAUGAUUGAUAACGAAGGGGAUCAGCUUGUUGAAAUCAGAAAUGAAAUUGUUGAUGGAAAGCUACGUGGUCACACAUUAAUCAACAUUAUUCAAGACCAGUCACUUGCUGCAGAUAGGGCCAGAAUCGUUCAGUCAUUGUUAGAUUGUAUGAAUACCAGAUUAGAAAAUUUAACAGUAGAACCAAUAUUUACUUCAUGUUAUGCAUUUGAUCAAAAAAACUGGCCUCUUCCUGAAAACAGAGAAGCGCUUUUGUUGUAUGGCAAAGAUGAUGUCCGAGUAGUUUUCCAAAGAUAUGAAGUGAUCCUUACUAAUGCUGGUUGUGACAUUAUAGAUGCGUUGAGUCAAUGGACUGAUCUUAAGUUCCACGUUGCAGGCAACCCACGCUAUGCAAAUCUCCAUCCUCUCCUAGUGUGGCAGAUGGUCAGCCAGAUGGACCAGGAUAAGGGUGACUUCAAUGACAUUCUUAAGAUCAUUCAUCUUACAAGUGUUUUACCAUUAUCUAAUGCUUCUUGUGAGAGAGCUUUCUCUACUAUGAAUAUGAUAAAAUCUGAUUGGAGGUGCCGUCUUGACACCGACACAUUGGACACACUCAUGAAGAUCAAAAUUGCAGGCGUUCCACUGAAGGAGUUCGAUCCUCGACCUGCGGUAUACAGAUGGUGGCACACUGGGGAACGCCAAAAAAGACCGACUAUAAAGCCAUACGGUGCCAGAAAUUAG